AUGACGCGCCACACUAAAUUUGACCUGGCUGUAUGUAAUGAGCAGCCAGAGAAGCUGUUUGGUGAGUUCUUGACCUGGGACCUGCAGGACGCUCUGUCCCACCUGCCUCUGAAAUCUGGUCAAUCCGUCUCCAACGCUGUCAACAUAAGCGCCAAACUGGACUUCUCCGGUCUGGAGAACCUGUUACACGACCUGAACGAUGAUGGUAUCAGUGUAACUGGUCUGCACGUCUCCAGCCCGCUGCGGCAAUUUCUAAAGCCACGCGCUGAAAAUAAAGCAGUCGGCAGUGAUGCCAGCAAGAACAAAUUCAAUUUCGUCAAGACGCUGGAGGCUGUGCUGACCUUUAAAUGCAGCGGAGGAGCCGGUCAGGUGGAAGGCUACUACCGCGAGCUCAGUCUCGGGUCAGAGUGGAUGUUGAACCUUCAGUUUUCUUCACACGAGUCAACACUUUACCUGCCACCAGUACUCGUCAAUGUCAUCUACUGCUGGAUGUGUUCAACUCGGCCGAACAUGAGCUCACUCUGUCUGCCAAGAACAACCAGGACCUGGUGCUGCACGCCAGCGAGUUUCAGAGCAUGCCCGUGACGGACCAUGAUGCAGUGCGACAGGCUACAGUACACUAGCAGGAAGAGAAAGAGACAGCAGGUCCAGGGAGGACUCUGGACAUCCACUGGACCAUCAUAUCCUUU